AUGCCUGGCGUGAGCCGGUACACCGAUGCCUUCGCGAUCAUCCAGACUUUCGUGUUCUUUGGCGGGCCUCUCGGUGGUCUUUUUAUGGAUAGAAACAAGCUCCAGACACCCUGCUCUACCACCAAGAAACCGUAUGUUCGUGGUCAGUUUGCCGACAUGCGAGAUAGCUGUCUCCCUCUAGCGGUCACAAGUCUCUCGGCAGUCGGUUACUCGGGAUGUCUCUUGAUACCAAGUCUUCCUCUUCAGUAUCUCACUUUUGUCUUCAUUCUCAUUAUGAGAUCUCUUCUCUUUGGGGCCGGGGCGUCGGUGACCACCAUCAUAUUCCCCAUGCAGUACUUCGGCAGUGUGUACGGUGCUAUUCGAACUAUGAGUGGUUUCGUAUCCUUCCUGCAGUACCCGAUCUUUAUUGUGAUCCAGAAUCAUUUUAAUGACGACCCUUUCUGGGUGAUCGUCGCCUUUAUCGUAGCCGAUUGUGUGACCCUCAUACUACCUAUCGCCCUCUACAUCAUGUCAAGAGGAAAGUCUCAAGCAGCUGCAGGCCGUACGAGUGCCGAUCCUGGGUGA